AGUUUUUCUCUCACUGAAGGCUGCUGAUUUCAGCAAGUUGAAAGGAAGCAGAUAAGCCUGGAUUUCUUCUCUCUCCCCAGCAUGAGGAAUCUCUGCUUGGAUUGUGCAUCAUCUGGGCCUCACUCAGGGUCUGCUUGGUGCCCAUUUUAAGGUGUCAGCCUGAAUGCUUGCACUGCUGCAAGGACCUGCUGCAAUGGUCUCCCGGGAGGAGCUGGCCCUGGAGAUGGAGUGUGCCAUCUGCUACAGCCAAUACAACAAUGCCUUCCAUGCCCCCAAGGUGCUGCAGUGCCAACACACCUUCUGCCUGGAGUGCCUGGCCCAUAUCAACGUCAAGUCCCAGCUGCCAGACACUAUCCAGUGCCCCAUGUGCUGGUCCUACACCAGGCUCCCAGACAGCGGGCCUCCCAAGCUAGACAACAACCUUGCCAUCCUAUCUUGCCUCCCAAAAGGCAUGAAUAGGACCUGCAGCAUCCACUUCAGCUGCAGCAAGGGCAGGCUCUGGCUCAAGCAACUGCCUGAGGUCUCCCAUGGGACUGUGGUGCCACAGAUCUGCAUGAGCAAUAUCAGCCACAGCUUGGACGUGGGCCGCCCACCAUGGCGAGAGAACCAGCUGCACCAGGAGGAUCAGUGGAGUCGCUGGAGCUGCUUGGACAAACCUUUGUGCCGCGCUCUCCUGGUGGUGGCAGCCAUGGUCACAGUCACCCUCAUCAUCAGCUCCAUCCUGUUCUUCAUUCUGCCUCCUUCCAGCAGAGCCAGUCACAACAUGACAGCUCUCAGCCCACUUGUGGCAACCGACAGCUCCCCCUGAGUGCCUGCCACCAGGAAGCUGAGAGGAGCAGGGCUGGCUCUGGGCAAAAAACUGCUCAGGAUGUGCCCCUUUCUCACAGCUGAGUCGUUGCUCUGCAGGAGGAAGGAGUCAGGCCAUUCAGCCUGGUUCCACAUCGUUAUGUGCAGCUGGGUCUGGUGGGGAGCGGCUGAGGCUGUUAUGACACUGAGAUCGAGCCAGGUGCCAAGUUUGGAGUCAUCACUGCAUCUGCACUUGUUGAGGGUUAUGGCCUGGGCCCAGCUUUCCCUUCAUUCAGUCUGAGCUCUCAUCCUCUGAGGGAUGUAGCACAGUGGUGGGGCUGAGGUGCUGGGCUAGGAGUGCAAAGCCUGUGGUUGCCAGCCUGGCUGGGCCAGGG